GGGCCUCUUCCGAGCGGACGUCACACGGACAGACAUAUACACAUACUCCUGUAACCACUGUGAGCGAUCGCGAUAUUAUUUCGGAAGCACCCCCGCCAGUCGUCGGCGACGUGACGUAUUCUACGGAAGUAAGGAUCCCGCCAAAGAGGAGCUCCACGAUGUACACAAAGCUUAUCCUUCUGUGCAUGGCAGCGGGCGCCUACGCCGGCGGACGCUUCGGUUUCCACCAUGGAGGAUUCGGAGGGCCCGUCUUUGCCGCCGCAGCUGCACCUGUUGUCGCCAAGGUUGGCCUCGCCGAGCCCGUAUACCCUCCGCAACCGUACACGUUCGGCUACGACACUGUGGACGAGUAUGGCAACAAGCAGUUCCGUAACGAGCAGAGCGACUCGAACAACGUGAAGACUGGCUCGUACGGAUACACAGACGCCAACGGACUGUACCGACGGGUAAACUACGUCGCCGACGCUCACGGCUUCCGCACCACGAUUGAGACCAACGAGCCAGGAACGAAGGCCGGUGCCAGCGCCGACGCUGUCUACAAUGCAAACCCAGUCGUCAGCGGUCCAGUGGUCAAGGCCGCAGCCGCCUUCCUGGCGCCCACGUACGCCAAGCUCACAGUUCCGGCAUACGCGUUCGCCGGACAUCACCACGGCUAUGGAUCACGCUACUAGAU